CUUUCGCGGCCGCGUUCACGCGCAAGGAGACCGCAUGGGUGACGGGAGAGAGAGAGAGAGAGACGUCAUUACGUGACGCGCCGGCGAGCGGGAGAGACGGAGCGGAGGAUGCGGCACGAUGGAUGCUGUGACGCGGAGAGAUGCCGGAUAGCCGAAAGAAGCGAAGCGAAGCGGUGGGGCGGAAAUGAGUCGGAAGUGGCCGCAGAACAGCACGACUGGUUGCCUGGAUGCAGGCGUUGAUCUCUUUCCAAAGACGGUAAUGCAGAGAUCAAAGUGUCACAACGUAAUUACAGCGAUAACGUCACAAGAUAAUAAAUACAUGAUCUCAUUAAUAGCAUAAUCGAUAUUAUCGCAAGAGGAACCGAUUUAAUAAAUGCCGGAUAGUCUCUUCUAAUAAAGUGGAAACGCAUUUCGCCUUGGAACAACGGGAAGCUCCAUAAACAAGUAAUUAUAGAGUAGAUCUCUCGAGAUUAAGACAUCAACAUGGCCACUCAAAGUACGAGAUAUGUGAACAAGCAGUUCAAUUCUCCCAUCAAUUUAUAUUCGCCACAAGCGAUACAGGAGACUCUAGAUAGGCAGACUCAAGUUUUGGCUAACGGUGCAGUCGGGAUCGACUUCAAUCAGUUGGCCAAGCCGACUAAUUUGCAAAACAGUGCUGUUCUACGUAUGCUCGAAGAAGAAGAAGCGAGGCAGCGAGGUGGGCAACCUGGUCUCAAACGAGUAGCUUGGCCACCGCCUCCAGAGGAUCAAGAUUUCGAUUACGUAGAGCAAACUCCCAUCCAAGCGAAGACCCGUAGAUACGGUGAUCUCGGCUCGUACCAGAACAGUCCCACGUCAGGUCCGUCACCCCAACCACCCUCGACGGUCGCCGUUCCAUCAUCCCCGUCGCCAGUGAGUCCUGGCGGCACGCUUCUGCGACAACCAUCGCACUUUCAACAACAGAAUCCCAAGGGCUGGGCACCGGUGACACCCCCGGCGACCUCGCCACUUCCGCAUCAGCAUCAACCCCCGCUUCCGAGUCAGCAUCAACAGACCCAGCCUUGGCAGCAACACCCUCAGGAUCCCUACGACCGGACACCGCAGAGACAGCAACAGAAUCAACCCAGUUAUUCAUCUGUCCCCGUGGCGUUCGAAGCACCACCCUCCACUAUUGUCCUUCGUCCUGAGCCGCCUAUCUCGCAGACACCAGCACCGGUGUUUCAAGCCCAGCCUGCAGCAACCAAGGCUCCGGCAACAGGCAACAUGCGAGGAGACCUGAAGUGGCCACCAGCGGCCGUGAAGGCCCAAACCGAGGCGGAAAACCGAGCAAGGAUAGAGCUCGCAAAAGGCCCGGCUUUUAGACCUCGCCGAGUGAACAAGGACUAUAGCGGUUUCUUUAAGCAACAUGCUCUGAACAGUAGUUAUCCGGGUUACCGAGCACCGCCGGGUACCCAGUACUUUACACCGGCUUACCAAAAUUAGUAAAUAUUUCGUAUACUUUUUGAGUAAACGAGCAUGAGACGUCGUUCUGAGUUUCUCGUCGAACGGGACCGAAUGUUCCGAUUUCAGGUGCUUUCAAAAUUACCGAGAUACUCAGGACGUUGUUCACGGAUCUUCCGAGAUCCGAGAAGCGCACGAAGAGCGACUUAAAAUCUUAAAAAGUCAACUGAAAAUAUCUAAAAGUUUCCGUUACAAAAUUUUAUCUCGCGGUAUUGUUUUUUUUCCUCUUAUACUUUGGACUACAAAUCUGUGCACAAAUUAGUGUGUUAAUACUUUUUCAGACUGUAGUCUAAAUACUAAGAAAUCUCGCUUUCAUGUAAGGCUUUCGUGUGCUUCUUGAUCUCUCUCGAGAGAAAUUUCCACAAUCCGAUUUCGCACUUACACGAAUCUGUAUAUAGAUUGAUUACAGAGACUGAUUCUCGGUGUUUUCUUUCAUCUUUGCAGGGUAACUUUUAAAUUAAUAAUUUACUAUAUAAAAAUCUAAUUCAUAUUUAGUGUUCGAUUUAUUAUUCGAGCCUGGCCGUUCAAAAAUUUCCAAACUAUAAAUGUCGCGUUUUCUUUUCUAAAUCUAUCGAGAAAGUGUAUAGACGUCUUUAAAUAUAUCUAUAUUUUCAAAUAUACGUCUUUUCUCUUUCGAACAGAUUUGUUUUUAUUUUUUUUAUAAUUUAAAAAUUUUUGCUCGCAUUUGUAGUUUGGGAAUUUCUGAUCUAAGUGAUGAAAAUUCAAUGUUGUGAUAAAAUUAAAUGCUGCAAACUUUACAAAACUAACGCUUGCCAUACGAAUCAAAGAAGUAGGAUCAUAAAUAAUCGCUUAAGAUAUUUCGAGAGUUAUAGCGGCAGAAUUGUACUUUCAUUGAAAAAACAAUAUGACAAUAUAUAUGGAGACUAACGAACGUCGAAAUAUACGAAAUAAACGAUCGAAUAAAAAGAAAAACAUGCGAAAGAAAAACUAAUGUAUUAAUAAGCAUCGUCUAUACUAAAACGCGAUACACUUUGUAACGCAAUUUAGCGCGAUGGUCUGUCUGUUAACUAACCGACGAAUAAUUUUUAAUAAUGUAAUAUAUAGAUGUGAAUAAAUAAAUACCAAUUUAUGCUAGACAAAAGUA